AUGGCGCUACAACCAUCCAAGAUGCCCGAAAUGACCAAGGUCGCGGCCGUCGGGAGAUACGGCAUCCCAAUAUCCACAUCAACGGCCGAACCGGAGUGCACCUCCUCACCGACACCGCCAGGCGACUCGAGCAUCCUCAAACGAACGACGACAACGCCCCCCCCACACCCGACUGCGUUAGAGGAGAAGCCGACGACGCACGGCCCACGGCCGCCGAGCAACGACGCCGUGCAGCAGGCAGGCGUCGUGGCGGCCAUCAACGCCGCGUACGACUGGACCGGCCCGUCGGACCCCGACGACCCGCGCAACCUGCCCGCCUCCGCGCGCGCGCGCCUCUGCGCCGCGCUGACGCUGCUCGCCAUGGUCGGCACCCACAACCUGGGGCUCGCGUGCGGACCGCUGGUCGGCGGGCCGCUGUCCGAGUUGUGCGGGCGGCGCGCGGUGGUGCUGUGCGCCGCGCCGGCGUUCAUGCUGUUCGUGCUGGGCGGCGCCCUGGCGGGCGGGAUCGCGGGGCUGGCGGCGUGCCGCUUCUUCGCGGGCGUGUUCGCGGCGCCGCUGAUCAACAACGCGCCGGCGACGAUGCUGGACCUGACGCCGCCGCGGUGGCGCGGCACGGUGCUCGGCGUGUACUACACGGUGCCGUCGCUGGGCGCCUCGUUGGGGCCGCUGGUCGGCGGCUUCCUGGUGCAGGCCGGGGGCUGGCGCUGGACGCAGUGGGCGUCGCUGGCGCUCGCGGGCGCGUGUUACUUGCUGGCGGUGCCGUGCACCCGCGAGACGUACAAGAAGAUCAUCCUGCGGCGGCGCGCGGCGCGUCUCGGUCUGCGGGAUUCGGCGUCGCAGCGGACGUCACCCGGGCGCGCGUUCCGGCACUUCGCGACGACGCUCGUGCAACGCCCGCUGCACAUGCUCUGCACGGAGCCGAUCGUCGCGCUCGUCAGCCUGUACUGCGGAUUCCUGUUCGCGCUGCUGUACACGUUCGUCGUGGCGGUGCCGUGGAUCUUCACGCGGUACUACGGCUUCCCGGAGCCGCUGGCCUCGCUAUCCUUCCUCGGCCUCAUCGUCGGCACACUGUCGGCGUCGAUCCCGCUCGUCGGUCUCGACGUGUACUACUACCAGCCGCGGCUGCUUCGCUGGCAGGCCGAGCACGACGACGAGGACGGCACGCCCUUGCCGUCGGAGCACCGCCUCAUCGGCGCGCUGGCGGGGAGCUUCCUGCUCCCGCUGUGCCUUUUUGCCGCUGCGUGGACGGCAGAGGCACGCGUGCAUUGGAUCGUGCCCAUCAUCUUCCAGGGCUGCAUCAUGUUCACGUCCAUCCUCGUCUAUAGCAGUGCGAGCCUGUUUAUGCUCGACGCGUACGGCCCGCUCUACGGGGCGUCUGCGUCGGGCGCCGCCAUGAUGACCCGGUAUGUGCUCUCGGCGGCGUUUCCGCUGUUCGCACUACAAAUGUACGAAGCGCUCGGCGUGGGCUGGUCGACGACGCUGCUGGGCUGCGUCGCACUUGUCAUGGCGCCAAUUCCGUGGUGUUUUUGGAUGUUUGGUGCGCGCAUUCGUAAACGCAGUCGGUACGAGACUAGUGUAUAA